AUGUCUCCGCACUCGACAAUAAGUAUGGAGAAAUUAGCCCAAAAGGAACGUGAUCUGGCAGAGGGUGAAAGGCAGCGACUGCGUCACCUCAUGAUGGAGGGGUUGAUCGACAGCAUCGACAUCUAUGACAAAGAAGAAAGAAGCAGAAAGAAACAAAACCAACAGUGCCCUUGGCGCGCUAGUUCUAAGUCUAUAGAUAAGAGUGAUCAUACACAUCGAGGACAUUCCCGACGAUCGGAUAAGACCUCCACGACUACUACCAAUCAUGCGCGUACACCACGAUCACCCAGGCAUGUUCAAGUCCCGGAGACACCGGAGACCAUGGUCCAGUGGAAUCGAUUAAAAGAGGCUCAAACUGAGUUGCCGGAAAAAACUGAAGUGCGGAAAGACUUAAAAAGUGACCACAAUAGCGAGGAUGAAGACACGUCUCAUAAAUCAGACACGCCAAAUGAUGUUGUUGAUUUUGACGGCGAACCAACAGAAAAGGCUGUACAAAAAGAAAAUUCGGAAAAUGUAAGCGACCGUUGAAGCCGGCAAUUAAAAACAAGGACAAGGACAAGUCCAGGACGGUUUAUGUAUAUCGGAAGGAUUUCAUCAUGAAAUUCCCCUCUUUCAUCUUCGCAAUAUCUACACAGCAUCCUGCAUUAUUUAAUGCAGUCUUAUAAUUUGACAGGUUCUUAUUUAGUGAAUGAGCUCCUCUUAAAACUAUUAAACGAUAUUGUUGUAAAGCAAAUUACUUACACUUUUGCUAAUCACAGAAAACAAUUAAAGCGGAA